GACUCUUAGGCGGAAGCGAAGUUUUUUCCGGCAGAUUCCGACUGUGAGCACUGAGCAGCACGAUGGCGACCGAUUCCUGGGCCCUGGCUGUGGACGAACAAGAGGCGGCGGCAGAGACACUCAACAAGUUGGUCCUGAAAGAAGAUGACGAACCUCCUAAGUCAGAAAGUAACAGUUUGAAUGGAGCAGGUGAUGCUGGAAACACUGAAAAGACUAAUGGUGACAGUGAUGAAAAGACAGAAGAUGAUGACAAAGAGGACAAAGCUGCACAGUCGCUGCUUAACAAGCUUAUUCGGAAUAAUCUGGUGAACACAACGCACCAAGUAGAAGUAUUGCAACGGGAUCCAAACUCUCCCCUAUACUCCGUCAAAUCGUUUGAAGAGCUGAGAUUGAAACCACAGCUUUUGCAAGGAGUUUAUGCCUUGGGAUUCAACAGACCUUCCAAAAUCCAGGAGAAUGCACUGCCCAUGAUGCUGGCUGAGCCGCCUCAGAAUCUCAUUGCUCAGUCCCAGUCUGGCACAGGUAAAACGGCUGCCUUCGUACUCGCUAUGCUCAGUAGAGUGAAUCCUGCAAACACUUACCCGCAGUGUUUGUGCCUCUCCCCUACCUAUGAACUGGCCUUGCAGACUGGUAAGGUCAUCGAGCAGAUGGGGAAAUACUAUCCAGAGCUAAAACUGGCAUAUGCUGUGCGUGGGAACAAAUUGGAGCGCGGCCAUAAGAUCUCUGAGCAGAUUGUCAUUGGAACCCCAGGUACCGUCCUGGACUGGUGCUCCAAACUAAGGUUCAUUGAUCCCAAGAAGAUCAAGGUGUUUGUGCUUGAUGAAGCAGAUGUGAUGAUUGCAACUCAAGGACAUCAAGAUCAGAGUAUCCGAAUCCAGAGAAUGUUGCCCCGUGACUGCCAGAUGCUCCUGUUUUCUGCUACAUUUGAAGAGUCUGUAUGGAGAUUUGCUCAGAAAGUCGUUCCUGAACCCAAUAUUAUCAAAUUGAAACGGGAAGAGGAGACCCUGGACACAAUCAAACAGUACUAUGUGCUCUGUAACAACCGGGAGGAGAAGUUUAAAGCUCUCUGCAAUAUUUAUGGUUCCAUAACCAUCGCACAAGCUAUGAUCUUCUGCCAUACUCGGAAGACUGCAUCUUGGCUGGCUGGUGAAUUGUCUAAUGAAGGACAUCAGGUGGCAUUGCUCAGCGGGGAGAUGGUGGUGGAGCAGCGAGCAGCUGUGAUCGAUCGCUUUAGAGAAGGCAAAGAAAAAGUUCUUGUUACAACCAAUGUGUGCGCCCGAGGUAUUGAUGUGGAGCAAGUCUCUGUAGUGAUAAACUUCGACCUUCCAGUGGACAAGGAUGGAAACCCUGAUAAUGAGACAUACCUUCACAGAAUUGGUCGCACCGGACGAUUUGGCAAGAGAGGGCUGGCUAUCAACAUGAUUGACAGCAAACACAGUAUGAAUAUUCUGCAACGAAUCCAACAGCACUUCAAUAAGAAGAUUGAGAAACUUGACACGGACGACAUAGAUGAGCUUGAGAAAAUUGCCAACUGAAACGACUCACCUUUCUUUACUCUUCACCAGUAUCUCCUUAGCGGUGGUCCUAAUCAUGUGGUCACACAGCGAAAAAACAAGCCACAGAAAUUGCCUCAUUGUACCUGCCGUUACCUCCCAGUGUGGGGGGGACAAGGUGAAGGUUUCAGAAGUGAUGUUUUUAGAGUAGCCUUAAUUGAAGUCCUUUUUAAAAAAAAAAAAAAAAAAAAACCCUGGACAUUCUGCCAGACUGUUUUGCUAGGGGCGCAUUAAAACCCCCUUUUUUUGCAGAAUGGUUGACACAAACACUUUAGCAGUAACGGGCCCUGCCAGUCAGUAUCUCUGCUAUAAUUUAUUGCAAUCUCUGUAUUCCAUCACAAACGAGCUUAGUUAAGGAUGUGAGCUUGGAAUAUUGCCCAAGUUUAUGGGUGAAAAAUGUAUGCAAUGAGGGUGCUCCAGACUAGAGAGAUUUUUUGGGAGUUAGAGGGAGGAGUCCAACUUAAUUUCUGUCGAUCUUAUUACAGGGAUUUGCAGUGUGUUAACAUUUCCCAUGUAAGACUGCAGGUAUAUCCUUUUCAGAUUAAAAAAAUCUCAUGGUAGAUUUUACAUUUUAUUUAAAAAAAAAAAAAAAAAAAAUUCUUCUCUUUUUUUUUUUUUUUUUAUAGUAUUAAGCUACUUCUAUUACACCAAUUUGUUGCUCAGACCUACCCCUUUAAGACUUAAUUGAACUUUCUUUACUAACAUUUAUAUGUGAUCUUUCCAACACAAGGAAUUCAAUAAGUUAAAAUCUUUGUUAUAUGAUUCUAGUAGUAUUAGGAGGGUAAGCAUUUUGCAGCCUUGCAAUGCAUUAAUAAGGCAAAAUGAAUUGAGCGACGCUGCUGAAUGUGUACAUUCACCUGGCGGCUUGCAGGAUUUGUAUAUUGAGGAGAGAAACUGACUUCCAGUGGUCUCCAGGGUAUUCAAUCCUGUGUUUAAGGGUGUAUCUGUGUUUGGUGUUUGCUAGGGGCACUCUAGCUAUAGUCCAGCAUUGAGGGUCCGUAAAGUCCUACACACACGUCAUUUACCUCAGUCUGCACAGCAAGCCUUCAGAAUGGUUGUAUGUGUAUUUUACAUUUUAGCAUAUUGGUUUAAAUCUGCUUCAGGACAGAAGCAACAAUUCUUUUACCAAGUAAAAAUAACAGAUUGGUUUAACCUGUACCUAAAAUUUUAGGAAGCAUGAACACUUUUAAUUAGCUUAGCAAUUUAAGGAAGGUGGAAGUGUGUACAGGACAGGGGUGGCCUAUAGGGAUGGGUUGGGCUUCCUGCUGGUCAUAUGCUUCAUUUGCUUGAUUUUUUUUCUUUUGAAUAAAGAAUGUGCGUCACACACGCUCCAA